AUGGUGUCGUCUGUUGUUGUCAGCGGUUGCAAAAAAAAGGAAGAUGAAGAAGCGGAGCUGUCAAAAGCUUACGAACAGUUUCGCGAAACCUUUGAAGAAAGCGCACCCAUCACUGGGGGGAAGUCGUUUGUACGCGGUGCUGUUGUUAAUGCAAAUAAAGUUGUUGAUGAUAAUGGUACCAAACCCGCUAUCUAUAAGCCAAAGAUUGAACUGAAUAAGAAACCGCUCACUUCAAGUUCAUUUGAGCAAGCAAAAAAAAUUGCUGAAGAGAAAGCUCGCAGGAUGAUGGAAGAAGCUAAGAAGGGUCCCAUGAUUCCAGCUUCACGGCCUCCUAGACCUGGGAAGGGAAAUCAGCAAAGAAGUAGAACCAGCAAUUUAGAGGCUUUUAAAGAAGAAUUAAAAAGUUUGCAAGAAGAGAGGCAGCAGAGGCGGACUCUCCGGACGCAGAUGGAGCAGAUGGGAGUAGAGAAGGAAGCACUUGAUCGAAUUGCUCCUCUUAUCGACAAUCCUUAUCUUCAUGGUACCGGGGAGUAUGAUGAUGACCCAAACACAACUAAUAUUUACAUAUCGAAUAUAUCACUUGAGGUAAAAAUGGAGGAUCUCUACGACACUUUUGGUUCUUUUGGCCCCUUGGCAUCUGCCAAAAUCUUGUAUCCAAGGGACGAUGAUAGGAAACGGGAUCAUUUAUGUGGUUUUAUUGCAUUUAUGACGCGUAAGGAUACGGAAAGAGCAAUAAGAGGUAUGCAAGGGAGAAACCUAAAAGGGUCGGAGUUACGGUUAUCGUUAGCGAAGCCAGUGAACAUUCCUCCUCAGCCAAUUUAUGUGCCUCCAGCUCUAACUGAGCUUGCUAUGCCAGAUCCUCCAACGGGUCUUCCAUUCAACGCUAAGCCGAAAAAAAGGGAUUUAGAAGAUUUUUUAGCGAAAUUUCCUAUGCCGCGGUUGGGUGGACCUUUGCCUGAAGUCGGGAAUGGUAGAGAAGAAUACGAAAAGAUGCUCAGGAACGCCGUGGUGCGCGUAGUGGUUCCCACAGAAAGAAACCUAUUAGCCUUGAUACAUCGGACUAUCGAAUUUUUGGUACGUGAAGGGCCACUAUUCGAAGCUAUGCUUAUGGCCAGAGAAAGACAGAAUCCUGUUUACAGGUUUCUCUUUGAUAACCAUCACCCAGCCCAUGUAUAUUAUCGAUGGAAACUGUACUCCAUUUUGCAAGGGGACUCUCAACAAAGUUGGAGAACAAAAAAAUUCAGGAUGUUUGAUCAGGGUAGUUGGUGGCAACCACCUCCAAUGAAUUUAUUGCAGGGAGGCAUGCCAGAAUGCCUUUAUCACACUGCUUUUGCUGGCGGAGCAAGCCCUGAAAGACCUCCAGAAAGACGAAAGAAAAAGUACAGCAGUAGCGAAGAAGAUGAUGAAGACAGGAAAGCUGAAUUAAAGGCGAAGUGGAAGGGAGUACUAAGCACUGCAGAACGCGAUGAACUUGAAGAUAUUUUGCGAAGCCUAGUUCCUGAAAAAAAUUGCAUUGGAGAUGCAAUGAUCGCUCGCUUAUAUCUCAUUGCUGACAUUCUUGCUAAUUGUGCAGCUAGAAUACGGGAUGUAUUUUACUACCGCCAGUAUAUCGGGGAUUUGAUGCCUAGCAUAUUUAAGGAACUGAACAAGACAUACGAAAGUAUAGAAGGUCGCUUGAAGGCAGAACAGUUUAAACAGCGGGUCAUACUUUGUUUCCGUUCCUGGGAGGAUAAUUCACUUUAUGCUACUGAAUUCUUGAUUCAACUUCAAAAUGUCUUCCUCGGGUUGUCGAAAGAGGAAGAUGUGUCUGAAGAAGACAUUGAUGGUGCUCCGCUGGACGAAAGUGUUGAAGAAAUAAAAAGAAGUAAAGAUAAGGAGGCCAUUUUUGAUGACGAAGAAGACAUUGAUGGUGCUCCAAUUGAUGAUGAAGCAGAAGUAAAGCCUGUUAAAAAAGUUGCGGCAUUCAAAACAAGCCAGUGGAAUGCGGUAGAUCCUUCGGUAGUAGCAAGUCAGGCCAUUACUACAAGUAAAUGGGAUUCACUGGAGAACGGCAGAGAAGAAGAAACUUCUGAUGAUGGUCAAGAUAAUGUCAAAGAUGAGGAUAUUGAUGGUCAGCCAAUUGAAGAAACCAGCAAUCAGGGGAGUGAAGAUGGAGAAUAUCGUGAUGAUGAUGAUUCGAAACCUAAUACAAGUUCUCAGUCUUCAUACAAUUCGCUGAACCGAACUGAUGAGCAGAGGCGGAAAAUUUUGAGAGAGAUUGAGGUAAAAGUUAUGAAACUACAGGACGAACUGGAAGCCGAACAUUGCGAAGAUAUAGCUUCGCAGGUAGAAAAAUAUCGGGCCAUGUUGUUAAAGAAGAUGGAUGAGAAGUUGGGAGACGUUGAGGAAAAUAAAGAAAGACGAAGGAAAGAGAAACAAAGAAGGAGAUCUCGUAGCAGGAAAAGAGAUGAAAGAAGAUCAGAGAGAGAUAUAAGGGAAAAUAAUAGUGAGCGAAGCAAGGGAAGAGAACGAGAACGAGAAAGGGAUGCUGAGAGAAGCAGAAUAGACAAAGACAGGGCAAGAGACAAAAUUCGAGAUAGAUCAAGGUCGAGAUCGAGUACGUUAGCGAUCGGUCGUCAGACCGCCAACCACGAGCUUUCUUUGCAGUUGCCUCUUUCAGUUGUUGCUCCAAUAAAUCUUCACUACCUGGUAGUCAUGCAAUACUUUUAUACAAGUGUUAUUGAAUAA